CGUCAGUGUCAAGAGCUGUUACAUACGGGGCCUGGAAAAAUCACCGUCGAACAUUUUUCUGCCGGAUAACACGCCGAUUUUCGUGGGACGCUCGCCGGACACCGGCGUCACGGACGCGAAAUGCUCGCGGCAACAAGGUCGCGUAUCUCUGCAAAUUGUUUUUUCCUCACGUUACCGUCAUUCCCGAUUUGCGGAUACGAAAGUUCGCUCCACGUGAGUCACGUGAUAUGAUAUUUCGUUUGUGCGCCAACUACGCGGAGGCAAUCGUCACGGUUCAGCAAAUUGGUAUACAUGCCUGUGGUUUUAACGGUUUCAAGACCCAGAAGGAUGUGAGGCUCGUGGCCAGACACAAUGAUCGUCUGGAACUGCUGUACGGCAAGUAUGCGUACGAGAUCGAGUUCAAUCCGCCGCCACAAGCGAAGAGCUCCACGUCGAGGAAGAGAUCCCACGAAUUGGCAGCGGAUGAGAUUGGAAGCCGGAAAAUGUCGAGGCCCGAUAAUCUUUCGAAUAAUGAUGGGGAGGAGAAAUUAUCCACGAAUGGCAUUCAUCAAGAAAUGCUCAAUGCUGGACCUAGCAGAUUUCCCGAGGAAAGCGACAACGAUUCGGGCGCGUCUGCAAAGUGGGAGAGUUUCGAUAGCGGGAAGUUGAUGAUCUACACAGCGUCAUCCGUUCAACAUCGAUCGAAAAUAGCCGCAUAUGAUAUGGACGGCACUUUGAUAAAACCCAAGUCUGGCUUGGUGUUCCCAAAGGACUGUAGCGACUGGCAGCUGCUGUAUCCCGACAUACCUGGUAAACUGAAGCAGUUCCAUGCGAACGGAUAUAAGAUCGUGAUCUUCACGAAUCAAGCGGGCCUCAGCACUGGCAAGGUCAAGAUCAAGGAUUUCAAGCUCAAGAUCGAGAAGAUAGUGCAGAAAAUCGGCGUACCGAUUCAGGUUUUCAUCGCCGUGGGAAAGAUCGUUUACAGGAAGCCAAUGAUCGGCAUGUGGCAGUUUCUAGAGAAACAGAAGAACGGCGGCAUCGCGAUCGACAAAGUUAACUCGUUCUACGUCGGCGACGCGGCUGGUCGCCCGAAGAACUGGGCGCCGGGGAAGAAAAAGGACCACUCGAGCGCAGAUCGAUUACUGGCGUUGAACCUGGCCGUCAAAUUCGAGACGCCCGAGGAGCACUUCUUGAAGCAGAAAGCGUCGACCUACAAGCUGCCCGAGUUCGAUCCGAAAAGCCUGUCGAAGACCGGCGACUUGUGCAAACCUGCGGACGCGAAACUGAUGCUAGAACAGCAAGAGAUAAUACUCAUGGUCGGUAGCCCGGGCUCGGGAAAAUCAUAUUUCACGAGGAAUUACCUGAAAGAAUACGCGCACGUAAAUAGAGACACCCUAGGCAGCUGGCAAAACUGCGUCGCCUUCGUCAAGGAGAACUUGCAGCGAGGCAAGAGUGUCGUCGUCGACAACACUAAUUCCAAUCUAGCGUCAAGGCAGAGGUACACGGAGCUGGCGAAAAAGUCCAACGUUCCGAUUCGAUGCUUCGUCAUGACCACGAGUGUGGAGCAUGCGAUGCACAAUAAUAAGUUCCGCGAGUUGACUGAUCCGAGCCACGUUCCAAUCAGCGAGAUGAUUAUAUACUCCCACAUGAAGAGGUAUGAGCCGCCGACCUUGCAGGAAGGGUUCCAGGGGAUAGUGGAAAUCAAUUUUAUCCCGAAAUUCCGUAGCGAGGAGGACCGAGUGCUCUACGAAAUGUACUUACUCGAGAGCUGAAUCACCGCAAUUGCCAGAUCGCUCAUAGAUAGCUAAUUACGCGUGUGUCCUGCAAGUGGAUUAUGAAUAUCGAUGAUCGCAAUCCAGAGCGCAACUAUUUUUUUAUGUAAUAUGUCAGCAAUAAAAGUAUUUAUUUAUU